GGCGGCCAGAGAGGGAUGGGGGGCGCCCGCCUAAUCUGAGCCUCGUCGCGGGAGCCUCCGUCUCACGCAGCGUUCCUCGCGGGCCUCUAGUGCGCACCCUCAGCCCCAGCAGCCUCUGCCCGGCGGGCGCACCCGGGCGGGCGAGGAGGGGGCGCCCGCCUGGGUGGGUGGGGUGGGGAGGGUACCUGAGGUCACCUGCUCCGCGCGAGAGGCAGAGGCGGCCACGGCGGUGGCAGAACUGCAGAGCUGCGGGGUCCACCCGACCCUUACCCUCAGCCCGGGAAGUAACCUAGGCUCCACAUGUGGAGCCCAACAGGGAGCUUAAACUCACGACCCAAGAUCAAGGCCUGAGCUAAGAUCAAGAGUUGGACACUUAACCAACUGAACCACCCAGGCACCCCCUAAAUUGCUUUUUUUUAUUGUUUUGUUUAUUGAAUGUGAAACAUGGUGCAGAAACAUUCAAGAAGUGGCUGAAGGGAGAAGGAAAAAAGUGCCACUGCCUAUCAGAAAAAAACAAAAGAAAACAUGGGAAAUACAACCACCAAAUUCCGUAAAGCACUCAUCAAUGGUGAUGAAAAUCUGGCCUGCCAAAUUUAUGAAAACAACCCUCAGCUGAAAGAAUCCCUUGAUCCAAAUACAUCUUACGGAGAGCCCUACCAGCACAAUACUCCAUUACACUAUGCUGCUAGACAUGGAAUGAAUAGAAUACUAGGGACUUUUCUUUUUGGUAGAGAUGGAAAUCCAAAUAAACGGAAUGUGCACAAUGAAACAUCUAUGCAUUUGUUAUGUAUGGGACCUCAAAUUAUGAUAUCUGAAGGAGCCCUUCAUCCUCGCUUAGCACGGCCCGCAGAAGAUGAUUUCAGAAGAGCAGAUUGUCUGCAGAUGAUCUUAAGAUGGAAAGGAGCAAAACUUGACCAAGGAGAAUAUGAGAGAGCAGCUAUUGAUGCCGUUGAUAACAAAAAAAACACACCCCUGCAUUAUGCUGCUGCCUCAGGCAUGAAAACCUGUGUCGAGCUUUUAGUAAAACAUGGAGGAGACUUGUUUGCUGAGAAUGAAAAUAAAGACACUCCUUGUGAUUGUGCUGAAAAGCAACACCAUAAAGAUUUGGCUCUCAAUCUAGAAUCACAAAUGGUAUUCUCACGAGAUCCUGAAGCUGAAGAAAUAGAAGCUGAAUAUGCUGCAUUAGACAAACGAGAGCCAACUGCAAUCCAGAAGCAAAUGAUCUUCCUUCUGACAUAUCCUCAGAAGCCAUAUGAAGGAUUAAGGCCUCAGGAUCUUCGUAGAUUGAAAGAUAUGCUUAUUGUGGAGACUGCAGACAUGCUUCAGGCUCCACUGUUUACUGCUGAAGCUUUACUUCGAGCUCAUGACUGGGAUAGGGAGAAAUUACUUGAAGCUUGGAUGUCCAACCCAGAGAACUGCUGCCAACGAUCAGGUGUUCAGAUGCCAACUCCACCACCAAGUGGAUAUAAUGCCUGGGACACACUCCCUUCUCCAAGAACUCCAAGGACUACACGCUCUUCUGUCACCUCUCCAGAUGAAAUAAGUUUAUCUCCUGGGGAUUUGGACACCAGUUUGUGUGACAUUUGUAUGUGCAGUAUUUCUGUAUUUGAAGACCCAGUGGAUAUGCCCUGUGGACAUGACUUUUGUAGAGGAUGUUGGGAGUCGUUUUUGAAUCUAAAAAUUCAGGAAGGUGAAGCUCACAACAUUUUCUGCCCUGCAUAUGAUUGCUUCCAACUUGUGCCUGUGGAUAUCAUAGAAAGUGUAGUUUCUAAGGAGAUGGACAAACGAUAUCUACAGUUUGAUAUUAAGGCCUUCGUUGAAAAUAAUCCUGCCAUUAAAUGGUGUCCUACUCCAGGCUGUGAAAGAGCAGUCAGACUUACAAAACAAGGGUCAAAUACAUCUGGGUCUGAUACACUCAACUUUCCCUUGCUCAGAGCUCCUGCUGUGGACUGUGGAAAAGGACACCUCUUCUGCUGGGAGUGCCUUGGUGAAGCACAUGAGCCUUGUGACUGCCAAACAUGGAAAAAUUGGCUACAAAAAAUAACUGAAAUGAAACCGGAAGAACUUGUAGGAGUUAGUGAAGCUUAUGAGGAUGCUGCCAAUUGUCUCUGGUUAUUAACUAACUCUAAGCCUUGUGCUAACUGUAAGUCUCCGAUACAGAAGAAUGAGGGAUGCAAUCACAUGCAGUGUGCUAAGUGCAAGUAUGACUUUUGCUGGAUUUGCCUAGAAGAAUGGAAAAAGCAUAGUUCUUCCACAGGAGGUUAUUACAGAUGUACUCGCUAUGAAGUCAUUCAGCAUGUGGAGGAGCAAUCCAAGGAAAUGACUGUGGAGGCUGAGAAAAAACACAAACGAUUUCAGGAACUUGACAGAUUUAUGCACUAUUACACAAGAUUUAAAAACCAUGAGCAUAGCUACCAGUUAGAACAACGCCUUCUUAAAACAGCCAAAGAAAAGAUGGAGCAAUUGAGUAGAGCUCUCAAAGAAACUGAAGGAGGCUGUCCAGAUACCACUUUCAUUGAAGAUGCAGUUCAUGUGCUCUUAAAAACUCGACGCAUUCUCAAGUGUUCUUACCCAUAUGGAUUUUUCUUAGAACCUAAAAGCACAAAGAAAGAAAUUUUUGAACUCAUGCAAACAGACCUAGAAAUGGUCACUGAAGACCUUGCCCAAAAAGUCAAUAGGCCUUACCUUCGCACACCCCGCCACAAGAUCAUCAAGGCAGCGUGCCUUGUACAGCAGAAGAGACAAGAAUUCCUGGCAUCUGUGGCUCGGGGAGUUGCUCCUGCAGACUCACCAGAAGCUCCAAGGCGCAGCUUUGCUGGUGGAACAUGGGAUUGGGAAUAUUUAGGAUUUGCAUCACCUGAGGAAUAUGCUGAAUUUCAGUAUCGGAGGAGGCACAGACAACAACGCCGUCGAGGAGACGUGCACAGUCUGCUCAGUAACCCUCCAGACCCUGAUGAGCCGAGUGAAAGCACUUUAGACAUCACAGAUGGUGGCAGUGGCCGCAGGCCUGGCGCCUCAGUGGUGAGCUCCGCGUCUAUGAGCGUGCUGCACACCUCUUCCCUGCGCGACUACACCCCUGCCAGUCGCUCGGAAAACCAGGACUCUCUUCAGGCUCUGAGUUCCUUGGAUGAAGAUGAUCCCAAUAUACUUCUUGCAAUACAGUUAUCACUGCAAGAAUCCGGGCUGGCCAUUGAUGAGGAAAAUAGAGACUUCCUCAAUAAUGAGGCAUCCUUAGGAGCGAUAGGCACCUCUUUACCUUCUAGGCUAGACUCGGUCCCCAGGAACACAGAUAGCCCUCGGGCUGCGAUGAGCAGCUCUGAGCUGUUGGAACUUGGUGACAGCCUCAUGAGAUUAGGAGGAGAAAGUGACCCAUUUUCAACUGACACUCUGAGUUCACACCCUCUCAGUGAGGCAAGAAGUGAAUUCUGUCCCUCAUCCAGUGACCCUGACUCAGCUGGCCAGGACGCCAACAUCAAUGACAAUCUUCUUGGCAAUAUCAUGGCUUGGUUUCAUGACAUGAACCCUCAGAGUAUUGCCCUGAUUCCUCCAGCAGCUAUAGAAAUCAGUGCAGAUUCCCAGCUCCCCUGUGUCAAAGAUGAGUCAGAAGGUGUGAGGGAUGUGGAUCUGGUGCCACCGGAAGAAGAUUCAGUGUUUGAAGAUGCUGUGGUCAGUGAAGGUAGAAGAACCCAAAUAGAAGAAGAAAAUCCUUUGGAAGAAAAUACUCUGGCUGGGGAGGCAGCAUCUCCAGCUGGUAAUAGUGGUAAUGAGGCAGCCAACAAGGGGGAUGGUUCAGAUGUUUCAAGUCCAACACCUCAGACCUCAAGUGACUGGCUUGAACAAGUCCAUUUAGUGUGAACUGAAGACCUUGGGCUCCAAAUGAAUCACAGGUACAGAUGGUAUUCUAGUGGAGUAUGCUUUAUAGAGACUUGAUCCACUCAAUUCCAACUCAGUUUUAAACCACUGACGUUAGGGUUGAAUACGAAGGAGUUCCUUGAACGGUAGCUUCAUUUCUGAUAUUAACCUUACAGGGAAUUUCUUUUGUAUUUAAUGGGAUAGCUUUUCCCCUUUGUGCUGACAAAAAAGAAGAGUAAGAGAAACACAAAUGGAAUGAGUAGGCCAGAUUCCACAUUCUGAGAAAAUGCAGUCCUCCGUUUAGCCUAAGGUUGACAAUACUUAAAUUGAACAUUUAAAUUAAAGGCUUACUCCCUAAUCCUUGGGUGGUUUUUCCUCUUUUAAAGAAAAAAGUUUUCUUCAUUUUAGAAGUUACUUUGAACAGAUCUGAUAACAUUUCGUUCCUCAGUCUGUCUGUGCUCUGCCAUCACUUUCUUCCUUCCUGUCUGAGCAGUGUGAAUUGAGGUGUCCAAGGCUUCUCCUUAGUGCUACAUCGACCACAGUGUAGUUUUCAUAUUCACAUGAAUCAAAAAUUUCUUGUCAUGUCUAUUACAGUCCACUUGUGCCAAAAUGACUCAUGCGCUGAAUAACGAGGCGGUAGGCGUGCGGUGUCCUGAAGGGCUCCAGAGGAGUCUCGGCCUUCUCAGGAGUUAAAGGUGCCACUUGGUAGCAGUGAUAUUCCAGAAUUGAAUGGGCUUUUGUUGCCAUGGAGACUGCAUUUAAAUAAAUGUAGCCUGUAGCUUAAGUUAACUAAACCUAAUGCUGCUGUUAAAAACAGUUUAUUUUAAUAUUAAAAUACAGUUGAUUAGCAACAGCGGUGCUGUAUUUUAAGAGACACUUUAUUGGAAGUGCAAUCAUAGUUCUUUGUUUUCACACUUUUACAGUGCAUUCUAAUUACUAAUGGGUGCAAUUACUUUUAAUGGUAAGUGUUUUAUAAAAUAGAAAAAAACGUGGAGUUUUCAUGAGUUAUAAUAAAUCCCACAAUUAUUAAAAAAUUCAAUAAAACAUCCUGCGCAACAUGUUACCGUGCCUUUGCCUAACUAAAUGGAUAGUUGCCAGUUAAAUAAGUGAGUAAUUCAAAUUUCAGUGUCUCUUCUGAAGUAACUAUGCUAUGAAUUGCAAAGACCUCCAUAAAACCACCCAUGGCCUUGCCUUUACAGUAAAUAUAACAACUAAAUGUUCAGUUUGUUUGCCUAAAUAGCAAAUGCUGACAUGUGUUUGUUCUAUUGCACAAUACUCAUUUGCUGUGUGAUUACUGUUUAGUGUUGAAAAAAAUCAAUUUCCUAGUUAUCAGUGUCUUACUGUGAAGAAAAUACUGGUCAUAGUUGUAAUUAAGAUACAAUGGUACAGUGUGUAAUUAAAACUAGAGUAAACUGUUGGAAUGGCUGUUUUACUUACAUAUUAUCAAAACUAGCAUAACACAAACAAAAUAGAUAUGCAACAUUCCGUUUAAUGUUUUGCCAGAUUCUUACCAGAAAUCUACAGAUACCAAAAUUUCAGUACUGAGUGUGUACAGGCAAGUCCUGGGCUAGGUACAAGGUUAUAUUAGUAUUGAUAUCCAUGUGAGUUGUGAUUAUGGUUUUUGAUUAAUUUUUUUCUUCUCCAGGAACUGCUUUUGAAAUUCUUGUCCUUUGAAUUCAUAUGGCUAGGACAUUAUAUUAGAGUAGUUAAUAUUCCCCAGGUUCCCUUGGAAUAAACUGUAUGUGAAUUGCUCCUAUGCCAUGGAUAUCAAAGAUCCACAUUAGCUUUUAUUUCCCCAAUUAUCAGAAAUGUCGAUAUCAAUCCCCAUUAAAUUAGUUGGGGAAAAUAUUAACUUUGUCUACAGUGUAUUACUGUAUAUUAAACUGAAACAGUCCAUUAAAGGAUUUUUUUACAAAUUUAUUUUGGAUUAAAAAUAGCGACACCAAUCAGUUUUUAGACCAAGUUGUAAUUUUUCAAUAGAAAGAGUCUUUGUAUCACAUUGAGCAUCUAGCAAAGCUGCAAUAAGGUGAGGAAGAGUGGUCCGUGUGAAGACAGUGUAUGUGAUGGGUUCCGGCUCCUUGCACCUUGUGCAGUCCCCUUUGUUUCUGUGCUUUUAUCUCCUGAGCAUGAAAAAUGAUCAUUAUUCAAUUUGUAUUUCCUUGGUACAUAUUUUAAAAACAACACAGUCAUUGACUUUACAAUUCAGAAAUAAAGUUUGGCAAAGCCUAUUUUGUAAACAAGUUAAUUUUAUAAUGUAAAAAAAAAAAAAUUACUCUAACCUUGACUUGUUAUUUGCACUUUCAUAGUCUAUACUUGAUACAUUCCCACUUUAUAUACAGUAGGAUUCUACAAACGUGUAGAUGUCUGGCCAAAUGAAUGCUGUUAAUAAUAUGUAAAAUUCUUUGAUUAAACAUUUAUUACUUAAACUA